UGGCCCAGGCGGGUCCCUGGCAAUCUUCUCCUCCUGCCCGGGGGCUGGGAGUCGCUGGUCUCCCCGACCCCUGCCUUGCCCGCACCUGCUGAGUCCUACGCCCUGUUUCCUGUUGGGGAAGUCCUGUAGCUUCCUCUUGUCCUGGGGCUGGCCGAGCAGGGGCAGGGAGGACCCUGGGCCUUUCCCCUGAGCUUGGUCCACAGCCCUUCAUAACAUUUUUUUUCAUAAAAUAUUUUGAGACAGGGUCUUACAGAGUCACUCAAAUUGUCCAGGCUGGGUUUGAACUUUCGAUCUCCCUGACUCAGCCUCCCAGGGUGUGCUCAUCCCCGGGCAGUGGCAGUGUGCAGGGAGAAAUGGGCUCUGGGGCAGGGGGGAGGCCGGUUUUCCUUAGGCUCCCGCUGGAACCCCACAGCGUGAGCAUCUCUAGCACCCCUUAACUGCUCAGUUUCUCUGGCUGUAAAGUGGUCUCAUUGGAUGGUGUGGAAAAGUGGCCCAACUGCUCUUGGUUAAUCAUGUAAAAGAAGUUUUGUUAUUCACUCAACAAACAAUGGCCGGGGUGACCCCUCAAUGGCUGCUGCAGGUUGUGUGACUGAGGGCCGCGCUUGUCCUUCUGGGUUCAGAGCAGUAGAAAGUGGCUCGGGAGUAAACAAGAAGUUGGUGGCCCAGCUGGUUCCGGUGCCAACCUGGAAGCAGGAAGAAAGACUGGAACCUGGGGUGGGGCGCUGUAGGAAGGUGACAUUGGGAAAGAGACCCAGGGAGUCAGAUAGAGAAAGGUGCUGGGCGGAGGGUUGGGCCUUUGGCACCCCAGGGUGACUUGGGGUCAAGGUCGGGUCAGAGUGGUGCCUGCGCAUGCGCGGUGGAGGGUAAAGGCAUGUUUCCCCGGGCGGCUCCCAGGCGGUGCGCCUGGGCCCCGGAUGUAGGCUCUUAUCUGCGCCAAGCAGCUGCCUGGUGUAGGGAGGUUGGGGUUCCCUGGGGCUCAGUAGGGCACCCCCGAGGUGCCAGCCUGGCACAGUGCACAGCGUUCUCCGAGCACCCAGGGGACGUCACUGUGCCCAGACUGGCUUUGCAGCGCCCGCCCCUGCAGCUGAGGGCGGAGACACUGCCCCUGGGUUUCCCAACCUGUGCGUGACAUCAGCUGCACAGUGUUUGUCUCCUCGAGGGACAGUGUAGGGGACGGGGAAUGAGCCCAGCAUGGAGGCAACGCCCGAUGUAGGGAACCCCCGUGGCCAGGCACGGGUCUCUAUGCAUUUUAGGCUGGCCUUGAACUCACUUUGUACCCAGGCUGGUCUCAAACUCGCAGUGAUCCUCCUUCCUCAGCCUCCCGAGCCUCUUCAGGGCUGCCUGCCUGCCCUAGCCACCUCCCAGGUGAAGAGGUUCUCAGCCUCCAGACGGAAGCAGCACUUCAUCAACCAGGCCGUGCGGAACUCAGACCUGGUGCCCAGGGCCAAGGGUCGGAAGAGCCUCCAGCGGCUGGAGAACACCCAAUACCUCCUGACCCUGCUGGAGACAGACGGGGGGCCACCUGCUCUGGAAGAUGGGGACCUGACGCCUGCCGCGGCCCCAGGCAUCUUUGCAGAGGCCUGCAGCAAUGCCACCUACAUGGAGGUAUGGAACGACUUCAUGAACCGCUCCGGGGAGGAGCAGGAACGGGUGCUGCGCUACCUGGAGGACCAGGAUCAGAGCAGGGCCCGGAGGAGGGGCCCUGGCCGCGGUGAAGAUCGCCGAAGAGGUGGACUUAGGACCCAGCCUACACCCCUCGCCAGUGCUUCCAGCGCAUCAGCCGACGCCUGCGAUCCGUGCUCAAGCGGGGUCGCAUCCCCAUGUGGCCUGCCAUCUGGGGCAUCUCUUCUGCAGGAGACGCUGGAGACCUGGGAGGAGCGGCUGUCGAGGUUCUUCUCCGUGUCCCCCCAGGCCGUGUACACGGCUAUGCUGGACAACAGCUUCGAGCGGCUGCUGCUCCACGCCCUGUGCCAGUACAUGGACCUCAUAUCAGCUAGUGCUGAGCUGGAGGGCGGGAAGCAGAUGAAGGUCAGCAACCGCCACCUGGACUUCCUGCCCCCCGGGCUGCUCCUGUCUGCCUACCUGGAGCAGCUCAGCUGACGCCACCAUACCACGUCCAGACCAGACCUCCGAGGCCAUCUGCUGAGACACGUCCUGUUUUUAGACUUCAUUCUUAGAAACCAGCUUGCCCUCUGGGGUGGCCCUUUCUCCUUCAUCCUUGUCCCCCACCCUGCACAGUUCUUAAAAGAUCAAGUCUGGGGACAGGGGUUGCCUUGAGUGUCCCAGCCCCCACGUGUACCACCCUGGGACUUGUGUUUGGGUGGGGAGAUCUCACUGGGUACUUCCAUCUGAAAGUUUUGUAUAGCUUUUUUUUUUUUUUUAAUUUGGGUUCAGCCUGAGGCUUGAACAGCCAGCAAGAAGGCUGAAUUUUUGUCACUUUUAAUGAAUUAGGCAAGGUUUGUUACAGACUUUUAAAUUUGUCUUUUGGAGGGAAAAACCAAAAAAACACCCCGGUGGUUUCCUGUGGGGCUUUGUCGUGGUCCCCGCUUGUCUUUUACCACUUUUUAAGCUGUCCUUGUGUGUGUCGGCGUGUGACCCCCACAGGUCCCCGAGACCCAACACGCAGCUUUGUCUCAAGGGCUGGUGCGUGAUGCUUUUAAUGUGUGAGCCACCACGCCCCACCGGCCUGCUCCUCACACACCCCCGGUAUUCUGGGGACCCAGGACUUCCAGCCAGAAGCCUCUGUCCUCACCUCCUCUGCACAGCCUGGCUCUGGCUUGGGAGGUCAAGGGGCCCCAGGGCACCCGGGUAUGGAGCAGGCCACCCCCGGCCCCUGUGUGGCCCCUUGUUAUGUGUGGUGGGGGUGGGGAGGGGUGACGUUUAAUAAAUUACUGGUGCUCUGGCCA